GUGCUCCAAAGCUUCCUUUGCCUGUUAGACAUGGGAAUGAUGCAGACCAUCAGGGAGUGUACAGUCCAUCAAGCCCGCAGAACAGAGCCGGACUAGAAUUUGGCAAUUCAUGAACUGAUGGCAUUCAUUUCAAUUCUGUUUGUAAAAGCAAUCAUGUGUCCCGUUGGUGCCAUUGUGGAUUGCUGGUCAGAAAACUUUCUGGUGCCAGUAAUCAAAGAGACAAUGCCCCGAGAUAGAUUCAUUUCAAUUAUGCAACACCUUCGAUUUGAUGACAAGGACACACGGGCAGAACGGGUGAAAACAGACAAAUUUGCUGCAAUCUCCGACAUCCGGACACGCUUCAACAAGAACUGUGCUGAGAGUUUCACUCCAGGAGAACACAUGACCAUAGAUGAACAGCUGUUCCCUACCAAGGUUCGUUGUCCAUUCACACAGUAUGUCGCAACCAAGCCAGACAAAUUUGGGAUCAAGUUCUGGAUGGCCAGGGAUUUGGAGACCAAAUAUGUCUGCAAUGCAUCUCCUUACUUGGGAAAGGACCCCAGUCGUCAGAAGGGAGAGAGGCUGGCAGAGAACGUGGUCAUGAAUCUGAUGGAGCCAUUUUUGGAUGAGGGGAGAAAUGUCACAACGGACAAUUUCUUUACUUCACUGUCGCACAGACUGCUGCAGCACAAAACAACGCUACUGGGCACGGUGAAUAAAGUCCGGCGUGAACUUCCACAACUUGCAAAAGACACUGCACAGCGAGAGGUAUUCUCCACUUCAGUGCUUAGAAGUGGCAGUGUCUCCUUGACAAUUUAUGCACCUAAAAAAAACCUGACUGUGUGUGUUCUAAAUUCCAUGCACCAAGACGUGACGAUCGGUGACAACAGAAAGAGGAAACCCAACACGAUAACAGACUAUAAUCACAUGAAGUGUGGUGUAGAUGUGUUGGACCAAAUGGCACGGAUGUAUUCCGUAAGAGCAGCAACACGCAGGUGGCCAGUAGCAGUUUAUUACAAUAUGCUGGACCUGGCGGCGGUGAAUGCCUACAUUUUGUACAAGGCAUGUACAGGGUGGACAGGCAAAAGAAGAUUGUUUCUGAGUCUUCUAGCUAAGGAACUCCGUUGCCGAUUCAUGCAGCACAAGGAAAUAUUGGCACGGAGGCAGGCUGCUGAAGCUGCUGUGCCAGGGACUGUACAGACAACACAGUGCCAGGUGCAAGAGAGCUGCAACAGGAAUCACAGCAGGUUUAUCUGUACAACAUGCCAGAAAUUCACCUGUGCCAAAUGCAGGGACGAUGGACACUGGGUCUGCAAACGCUGUAAAGUUUGAAACACUGUAAAAUAAAACAGACUUGU